GGGGGGCGGGGGUCGCGAACUCUGACCUCCGGGAGCAGGAGCCGUCGCCGACAAAUAAGCCUGCCGGAGUGGCCGCCGGGUGCCGAGCCCGCCAGGAAAUUCAUGGCAACCAUAGAGGAACUGGCCCAUCAAAUUAUUGAACAGCAAAUGGGAGAGAUUACCCAUUCCCAGGGAGGUGGUACACAAACACUAAUGGAUGGGACAGCACAACGAAUACAGAUUUUCCCUGCAGAUUCAGGCCUCUCUUUACCACAACGUAUACAGAUUGUCACAGAUCAGCAGACGGGCCAGAAGAUUCAGAUUGUUACAGCACUUGAUCAGAGCUCAGCAGGCAAGCAGUUCAUCUUAACAAAUCAUGAUGGCUCUACCCCAAGCAAGGUGAUCCUUGCCAGACAAGAUUCCACUCCAGGAAAAGUUAUCCUAGCAACUCCAGAUGCUGCAGGUGUCAACCAACUGUUUUUUGCAUCCCCUGAUAUAUCUGCACAACACAUCCAGCUUAUCUUUACAUUGACUUAUUUGGCAAGGCCCUCUGUCCCCUCAUCAAUUGUACUUUCAGUGGCUCUUCUUCGUCUGAAUAAUCAAUUUUUAUUCCUCAUGUUCAAGAUAUUUACAGACAACUCCCCCAGUGAACAGGGCCUAAAUAAAGUCUUUGAUCUGUGUGUUGUAUGUGGAGACAAGGCAUCAGGGCGUCACUAUGGAGCAGUAACUUGUGAGGGAUGCAAAGGAUUCUUUAAAAGGAGUAUACGGAAAAAUUUAGUUUAUUCAUGUCGAGGAACAAAAGACUGUGUCAUUAACAAACACCACCGGAACCGAUGUCAGUACUGUAGGCUGCAGAGAUGCAUCGCGUUUGGGAUGAAACAAGAUUCUGUGCAGUGUGAGAGGAAGCCUAUUGAAGUGUCAAGAGAAAAAUCUUCAAACUGUGCAGCUUCUACAGAAAAGAUCUACAUUCGGAAAGAUCUCCGUAGUCCAUUAGCUGCAACUCCAACUUUUGUAACAGACAAUGAAACAGCAAGAUCAACAGGUCUGCUAGAAUCGGGAAUGUUUGUUAACAUUCAUCCGUCUGCAAUAAAAAAUGAGCCUACUGUUCUGAUGACUCCAGAUAAGGUUGAAGCAUGUCAGGGAGAUUUAAGUACACUGGCAAACGUGGUGACUUCAUUAGCAAAUCUCAGCAAAUGCAAAGACAUGUCACAAAGCAGUACAGAGCUAUCUAUGAUUGAGAGUUUAAGUAAUGGAGAUGCAUCAUUGUCUGAACUGCAGCAAGAAGAACAAGCUAGUAGUGAUGUUACAAGGGCAUUUGAUACUCUUGCAAAAGCAUUAAAUCCAGGAGAGAGUGCAGCAUGCCAGAACUCUGAAAGUAUUGAAGCCAGUGUACAGCUGAUCGGUGGAGAAACAAGCAUGAAUAUCGUUGAAAUAGAGGGGCCACUACUCAGUGAUGCACAUGUAGCAUUCAGGCUCACCAUGCCUUCUCCUAUGCCUGAAUAUCUUAAUGUUCACUAUAUCUGCGAGUCUGCCUCCAGGUUGCUUUUCUUGUCCAUGCACUGGGCACGUUCCAUUCCAUCUUUCCAAGCUUUAGGACAGGAUAACAGCAUAUCAUUAGUGAAAGCCUGCUGGAAUGAACUUUUUACACUUGGUCUUGCACAAUGUUCACAAGUUAUGAAUGUGGCAACUAUAUUAAGUGCAUUUGUUAAUCACCUUCAUGGCAGUUUACAGCAAGAUAAGCUGCCAACAGACAGAGGAAAACUAGUAAUGGAGCAUAUCUUCAAACUGCAAGAGUUCUGUAACAGCAUGGUUAAGCUUUGCCUAGAUGGAUAUGAAUAUGCAUAUUUGAAAGCAAUCGUCCUCUUCAGUCCUGAUCACCCAGGUCUGGAAAAUGUUGUGCAGAUUGAGAAAUUUCAAGAAAAGGCUUACAUGGAGUUCCAAGACUAUGUAACAAAAGUAUACCCAGAUGAUACUUACAGACUGUCUAGACUUCUUCUUCGAUUGCCUGCUCUUAGGCUGAUGAGUGCUGCCAUCACUGAAGAGCUAUUCUUUGCCGGACUAAUUGGAAAUGUUCAGAUUGAUAGCAUCAUCCCAUAUAUUUUGCGAAUGGAGACAGCGGACUACAACUCUCAGAUAAUUGGUCAUGGCGUAUAAAAGUAGCAGCCAAGGAUUCUGUACCAUGGCAGUCAUGGUGAUGUAAAUGCAUACCCUGUCUCCAAGAGAUGGCAAUAAGCCUUCCCAUGCAGCUUUCCAAAGAAGGCUAAUAUUCCUCCUUUCCAGUGCACUUGGGAAACAUGGUGGAGUGUGUAUUAAGGAAUAUAGGAUCGCUUCCUAUUUUCCAUCUGAUCUUCAAGGACUUGUAAAUUAACUUGGUGUCUGAAGAAAGUCAAGAAUUGCCCAUCCUAUUUUUGUAGAUAGAUGAACUUGGAAUAUUUGCUUAUGAAGUCCAGGCUUGUGAAGAAACUGAAGAAGCUUUGACUGAACUAAGGUAUCUCAACUUAGUUUGAUGUUUUAGACAAAUAAAUUAACCUUCCUCUCUGA